GGUGGUGUGGUUUCGUUUUCAAAAGCGAACGUACGGAUCGUUGUUUUUCCCCGCAGAGAGCAAGAGAAUGGAUUCCUCAAGGUCUUUUGGAUCUGAGUGUCCAAAAGAUUGUUCAGAGGAGUCCGGAGGGAAUGUUUGGAGGGUGUUACUAUGGACUGUUGUGAGGAUGAUUAUCUUCAUCAUUUUGUUAGUUCUGAGGGUGAGUCUUCGGACAGUUGAGAGAGUGAGUGUGAAGUAUCAAAUCCUGAUGACUCACUGUUUAUUCCAACAC